AUAAAAUAAACAUUGUAUUUGAUUCUACAAUGGAAAGCAGAAUGAGUGCAAGAGUUUUACAUAUUUAUUUUAUUUUAUUAUUAUGUAACGGCAGCAACUGCCAGUUGUUAGAUUACUUAAAAAGUGUGGGAACAUAUUUUGGUUAUGUGCCAAAACAAGAACCACGAUCAAAUGACGAGUUUUUAAAUCAAGUGGUGCCCUACGAGGUCUCUCAGUCCGACGAGAACUUCAUUUCGGAAGCAGCAAAGUUGACGGGUGUCGCUUUAUCAGCACUCGACUCCUGCCAGCAUAGGGUGGUGUUAAAACUUCAAACCUCGUGUGAUAAAAUGAACGAUGAGCAAUUAGCGAAAAUGGCCGUGAUGCUUUUAAAUUGCCAGUCGUCUGUGGAAGGACGUAAAAUUUUCCCCUGCACGGACGAGAUGAGUAUCAAGGAGUGCACCACGGAUAUGGAUGCGGACAUGUGGAAUAGUUACCACUUGAUGAGUAAUCGAGUGCGAGCAGUCUGCUAUUCUGUGCGUCAAACUCAAUUUCGUGGCUUAACUGAGUAUACUAUUAACCGCCUGAUGGAAGCGGCUCGCAAUCAACUGUUUAAUCUGGAUAAAAUCUCCAAAGAUCAACAGAAUCUACACGAACUGGCUCAGGAAUCUUUGCAAUCAGUGGCAAAAGGUCAAGAGCAUCUGGUAAGACAACAAAACGACUUUAAACGUGCCCAGUUACACAGUCAAUUGUCAAUUGAAAACAACAUUCAACGUCUGGCAGACGAAAAGCGUCUCAUUGCAGAAACAAACGAUCAGUUAAUGCAAAUGACACACGCUGUACAGGGCAAACUCGAAUUGGCAGCGUCACAGCUGAAAGAGCAUUCAGAUGAGAGUCACCUUAACCAUCAGGAGCUUUUAGAUGAUUUAGUUUCAAUACAGAACAAGGUGCAGGUUAUUUUCCAACGAAUAGAGGAUUCCUCAGAGUUAUUGUUGAAGCAGAGUGAAUUGGCGCAGCAACAAUAUCAAGUUACAGUUGAACAACUGGCCGAAGUUAACGCGACUGUUCAUUCUCUUGUGUCGUUAGUGGGGGGCACCAGGCGGGCUUUAGAAGAGCGUCUGGCGUGGAUUAAUUCGGCACUUGGCGGAACUGAUUCGGCCAUCGAAAGAUUAUACGCCAUCCUUUGGCACGCUUCAUUUUUGUUAAUCGCAAUGAUUACAUGCGCCUUUCUCGGUGCACAAAUCAUUACUCGAUUAAUCGUCGCAAUUUCACUACCUUUAAAUUUAGCGCUGACGUUGCAUAAAAGUGAGCAUGCUUUGGACCCGAUCACCUUAACUACUUCCGUUGGAGGCUGCAUUAUCGUUCAACUGAUGGUGUCAUCCAUGUUAGCAUUGUGGCAUACACGAGUCAUACAACGUACCGUUCCCGCGAUAAAAGAGAGAUUGACUCCCAAAAAAAAUCGGGAGAACAAUAACAGCGUCAUGCCUGACGAAAAUUACGAAAACGAAUCCGUUAAUGGAUCCGCGGUUCACGAUGAUUACAGUUACAGUGAGCCACCCUUAUCACCUACCAUGUCUUACUUGAAAUCUGGGUAUUUGCCCCCAAGAUCCAGAAGCCGCACGCCAUCGGUACUGAACGGUGGUAUAAAAAAUUCGUGUAGCGCAAAAACGCGAUUGGGAACUCCGUGUAAAUUGACCGCGUUGAGCGGCAGAGAUUUUUGCUAUAGGCAUCAGGCUGGCGAUUCAAUUUAUGCCGAAUAGUUCUUCUGUUUUUAGAUUAUGGCUACUCCUAAAUUGUAGGCUGAUUUUAUUUUGUGAUACCGAUCCUUUUAUUUCUUUUAAGUUUACCAGUGACUUUACAUGUGAUAUUUUACUUUCAGCACAACACAAAUCUUUUAUUGUUAUUUAGGUAGUCGGUAGUAGUACAACAAUGAUUUAAAAGGUUACUUCUACCCUAAUUUUUCAUUAUAUCAAAGAGUGCUAAACAUACAAUGUGCUUAUUGGUUUAUGAAACCAUCCUCUGGGGUUUUUAUGUCUGUCCAUCUAUUAACACGGUGUAAUACCAAUAAACCUCUGAUUUCUACAGGUUAUACACAAUGCUCACAUUUAAGUGCAUGGCGUUAAAUUUCUUUGUCUAGUACACUUUGAUCAUAUCUUAUUUUUACACUUAGAUCAGCUACAUUUGGCAUUCCUUUAGAAUAGACAUAGGGAUUUGCGUGCAUUGUUUUUCCCUUUGUCUACUUUUGAAUGACGAAAUCUCUUCUGAAGGACGCCUAAUUUCAUUCGUGUGCGAUGUAUUCAACUGAAGAAAAAGUUGAUAGUGUCAGUAACAGGUUAAGGAGCGUAAAAGACUGUGAAAUAUGUAGAAACCUUGUGUUCAAACAAUAAAAAAAUUGUUAAUCACUUUAAAA